AUGCAGCAACGAACGCAGUAUUGGCAGCCGCGAGCGAGUGAAUGGACGAUGGCUACAAGACGUGCGACACCCACGUACGUCAGUAAGCGAUUGCACACGAGUUCACUCGCAAGGGAAUUGUCCACGCGCUGUUUCUCGACUUCACGAGCUGUCCGCAAGCACAUCGACGCGUCUGAGCUCCAGCAGACUUACGCCUACGAUCAAAGCAGUGGUCUCAAUGACGACGCGUUGCUCAGCGAUCUGCGAGCAGAGACGAUGCGCGAUCGGCCCAAAGCGGAGCAGCUGAUCGACGAGAUGCAGGGAAAGUUCCUCUCGUUCCUCGUGCAGACCACAAAGGCUCAACGUGUACUGGAGAUCGGCUGCUUUACAGGAUACUCUGCACUGUGCCUCGCCAGUGGAUUGGCUGCAGACGGAGUGCUCACAACGUGCGACGUGGACGCCGCCUGCAUGCAGUUUGCACAGCGCUUCUUCAACAAGAGCCCACGUGCAGCACAGAUCACCGCCGUCCAUCAAGAUGGACUCGAGUUCUUGCACUCGAUUACUCGUUCUGCCUGCGCAGACCAGCAGCCGUUUGACGUGAUUUUUGUCGACGCCAACAAGCGCAAGUACCGAGCGUACUACGACUUUAUCCUCGAGCACCACCUGCUGCAUGCCUCAGGCUUGUUGGUCUUUGAUAACACGCUGUUUCGCGGUCGCGUGGCUGUGUGCGCGAGUGGAGAAGAGGGACGGAAGGAGCGCAUUGCUCGAAGUCUGGCCGACUUCAAUAGCCACGUGCUCCGGGAUCCACGAACGGCACAGGUCGUUUUGCCGCUAUGGGACGGACUUACGUUGAUCCGCCUGAGCGGGAAAGGAAUGGCAGCAGAAUAA